AUGGAAAGAAAGGUAGAUGAGUUUUAUAAAGUUAUUGAAAAAGAGGUGUUAAAUUAUUUCACUUGUCCCAAUGGAAAGAAUGAAUAUCUGAGUUAUGAAAGGAUAAAAUCAUUAAUAAAAGAUAUGAUUGCUUUUUUGAAUACUGAGAGUUAUUAUAUAUUUACGAAUUCAUAUAAGAAUGAAUAUAAUAUCGAUUUUUUAUAUAACCCGAAAUUGUUUUCAUUUACCUUAUUACCACAUAGAUUGGAUAAGAAGCUACUAGAAUUGUGUAAGUAUAGUACAUUAUUAUAUUCAGAAUUGUUUGAUAAUAUGGUAUGUGAUUUAUCAUAUCUACUAAGUAUUUUUGAGAAUAUUAAAGAGCAUGAUUUUUUUGUAAAAAAGAUGUUAGAAGUAUGUAAGAAGGUAUACGGUGAUAAUAGUGAUAAUAGUGAUAAUAGUGACAAUAGUAAUAAUAGUAAUAAUAGUAAUAAUAGUAAUAAUUUUCGAAACAUUAAGGAUGACAUUAGAUGUGUUAUAGGAAGAUCUGAUUAUAUGACUAAUCGUAAUAAUGAUAUAAUAGAUGAUAAGGAAAAGAUUGAUGAUGAAAAUAUAAAUGAUAAAGAUAUAAAACAAAUAGAAUAUAAUACAAUAUCUGUUGCCUUUGGUAAUCUUUCGUCUAUUUUAUUUAAUGGACAUAAAUAUAUUUUAAAACAGAUUUAUAAAGAAUAUUUUCCAUAUAUAGGAAAUGAAGAGGAACAAAAAGAAGUAAAUGAUAUAUUAGAUAAAAAAUUUGAUAACAAUUUUGUACAAGGAAUUAUUACAUGUUUUAAAAAAUGUCAUGAUAUUUAUAUAUCUGAAUAUAAGCCUUUAUUAGGUUCACAUAAAGUUAUUAUGAUGAGUAUAUUACAUGAAGAUGAUUUUAAUAGUUUUGAUAAAUAUAAAACUACAAACGAAUUAAAUAAAAUAAAUAUAAAUCAAAAAGCUUUAACAAUAAAUGAAAUUAAAUUAUUAUUUGAGAGCAAAAAACUUUUUUUAAAUUAUAAAGAUGAAACAUUAAUAGAUUCUUUAAAGAGAAUUAAGAAUAAGGAAUAUAAUCCUUAUAAUGAGAUAUUCAAACCUGGAAAACUUCUUAUCGAUUUGAACGACCUAGAAGAUAUUUUAAAUGUAGAUUGUAUAAAUAUAAAUGAUAUACUUAAGAAUAUAAAUAAAUAUGAACGUAAUAUCUUUGAAAUAAGUGUAUUAUACUUUAGAGCAUUAUAUACACCUAACCAUUUUAAUGAAAAUAUAUGGAAAAUAAGAGAAAUGUUUGAAUUUUCGGAUGCUAUUAAAAUACCUUCUUUACCUUAUCAACUUGUUGGUUCGAAAAAAAUACAAAUGUUAUUAUUAGAUAAUGAUAUAUUAAAAAAAUAUAUUUCAUUGAAUUUAAAUAAAGAAAAAAAAUCAGAUGAACAAAUAACAAAAGAUAUGACGCUUUUAAAAAAAACAUUUGCCUUACAAGUAGACCCAUCUCAAAAUAUAAAUGCACAUAUUAUUCAGGAUGCUAUAAAUAAUGAAAAUAAUUAUUUAUUAAAACCUCAAAGAGAAGGAGGGAAAAAUAAUUUACAUGGAAAUCAAGUUAAACAAAAAUUGAAGCUUUUCUAUGAUCAUAAUAAAAAACAAACACUAUCUCAUUAUGUCUUAAUGCAACGAUUAUUUCCAUCAACCUUUACAGCUAUACAUUGUAGAACUCAAGAAAUGAAAAAUGAAAUAUGUACAACAAAUAUAUCAAAUGAACAACAGAAAAAGAAACCAUCGCAUCUUAUACAAUUUUCACCUGAAAAAUCGAUAUCAGAAUUUAGUUUGUUUCAUAAUUUUAUUUUUUAUAAAAAUAAAAAUAUUUUAAAUGAGCAAAAAGGAUAUUUAGUUAGGACUAAAAAUUAUACUGAGAAGGAAGGAGGGGCCAUUUGUGGUAUAUCAAGCUUGGAUUCUUUUUUUUUAACUGAACAUUGA